GAGUGACCUCUCAUAGAGCGCACAAUUAAAUGAUUGAAUGAAACAAAACAAUUAAAAAUUAAUAGAAAUGCCGAAAAUUAACCAUAAAUUCCACGAAAAUGAAAAGGUGUUAUGUUACCAUGGUCCAUUACUAUAUGAAGCUAAGGUUCAGAAAAGUCAGGAAAAGGAGAACAAAGAGACCAAAGAAAAGACUGUUCACUAUUUUGUCCAUUACUUGGGUUGGAGUAAGAAUUGGGAUGAAUGGGUUCCAGAGGACAGAGUUCUUAAAAUAAAUGAUAUUUCUCUACAAAAACAAAGAGAACUGACAGACGCACAGAAUAAAAGCAAUAAGAAUAAGAGCGUAAAGAAGAAACCCAUUGAUCCAAAAGAUAAAGAGACGCCAUCUAAGACUGUCAUCACUUCUGAAAAUGUUAAACCAAAACCAGCGAAUACUAUACCUAUAGAAACCAAUGUAUUGACUCCUCAAUCAAAAGACAAUCUCAAUGUUGUUAAGGAUACUGACGGACAAAGAAAAAAGAGACUGAAAAUAGAAUCAAAUCAAGACUUAGAGGAUGUCAUCUCAAAUAAAGGACCAGAUUUUGAGAUUAAAUUAUCAGAUUUAUUAAAACAAAGUUUGAUCGACGACUGGGAAUUGAUUGGUCAGAAAAAGUUGGUUCGAUUGCCUGCAAAAGUGUCGGUCAAUAAAAUUAUUGACGAUUAUAUCAAACAAAAACUUAUUCAAAAACUCAGUUUAUCUAAAGAAAAUUUAGUCAAAGAAGUGGCCGAAGCCAUCAAAUGUUAUUUUAAUGCCACGAUUGGCACUCAAUUGCUUUAUUCAUUUGAAAAGAAUCAGUUCAAAGAUUUAAUGAAAGACAGUGACGACGACUCAAAAGCGUCAACACUUUAUGGAGGCAUUCAUUUAUUACGAUUAUUUGUAAAAUUGGGGUCACUUUUGGCAUAUUUGAAUUUUGAUGAUAGAAGUAUUCAAUUGAUCUCUGAAUACAUUCACGAUUUUCUAAAGUAUUUAGAUCGCAAUCCAUCAUUGUUUAGUACAAAUGAAUACGAAACGGCUUCAUCUGAUUAUUUGAAGAAAUCGCUAUAAUAAUUAUUUUUGUAUAUUUUCAA